AUGACCCUGGUCCAGCCCAGCCCCCUCAGGCAGGCAGACGAGGCUUUCAGGAAGAAGGGGCUUUGCUGGCCUUGGCCACAGGACAGCAGCAGGCUGGCAUGGGACAGACAAGAGUACAGAGCUCCCGACUGCUGGACAAGGACAAAUGUGAAAUCCCUUCUCAGAUCAAAGGGAGUGCUCAAUGAAGGGAUGAUUUUGCCCCUCAUUAUCUUCCUUCCCAGACCUGAGGUCCGACAACACCCAAUGGAAGACAAAAAGAAGAAACGGAGUCCUAAGCCCUGUCUGACCCAACCAGCCCAGGCCCCAGGCACACUGCGCAGAGUCCCUGUGCCCACCAGCCAUAGUGGCUCCUUGGCCCUGGGACUCCCUCAUUUGCUGUCACCCAAGCAGCGAGCCAAGUUCAAGAGAGUAGGCAAGGAGAAAUGCCGCCCCGUGCUGGCUGGAGGUGGAGGCGGCUCUGCGGGCACACCCUUGCAACACUCCUUCCUGACUGAAGUGACAGACGUCUAUGAGAUGGAGGGAGGGCUACUGAACUUGCUCAAUGAUUUCCAUUCAGGCCGCCUGCAGGCCUUUGGGAAAGAAUGUUCCUUCGAGCAGCUGGAGCACGUUCGGGAGAUGCAGGAGAAGUUGGCCAGACUGCACUUCAGCCUAGAUGUGUGUGGGGAAGAAGAGGAUGAGGAAGAGGAAGAGGAUGGGGUCACAGAAGGCUUGCCUGAGGAGCAGAAGAAGACAAUGGCUGACCGCAACCUGGACCAGCUGCUUAGCAAUCUGGAAGAUCUUAGCAAUUCCAUACAGAAGCUGCACUUGGCAGAGAAUGCUGAGCCUGAGGAGCAGCCAGCCGCAUAGGUGCUGCCUGGACUCUUCUGCUUCUCUCUUCUCUUCAAACUGUGACUUUUUACGGAUUCGGGAGCUCCCUAGGUGCUAUGAGGUCGGGGGCACUGGUUGGAAUUAAACAAACGGAAAAGCUA